CACAGCGGGAGUGAUUGAGAGAGUGAACGAGCGACUCAAGUUCUCAAGGUUUUUUCGUUAGGCUCUCCGCUGACAAGUUUUUUCGUCGAGUUGAUUCUGCAAAUCCAGGACUUCAAACACCAACACUCAUUCAAUCCUACAAACUUUUUUCGCGCUUUUUUGUUGCACGAUUUUUUUCGUUUGUUUUCUCAACGACGAACUGUGUCGAGCGAGUGCUGCAAAGCAAGCUCAUUCGAUGAUUUUCGCAGUGCGAGUCUUUCUGAUUAUGUUUGGUUUAGCAGCAAUGGCUAUCACCACGUACUUUCUAGUCAAGUGGACAGCAACAUUUUGUCGUAACUUGCUCAUCUUCCGAGACCCACCAAACGGAUAAACACCUAUACCUUUGAAGUUGACUUCACAUCUAUUUCGUUUCCGAUAGGACGUAUUUACAUUUACGAGUUUUUUUCUGUCCCGCGGUACAUUGUGUAACAAAAAGAGUUCCCUCAACGUUGUCUAAUAUUGCAUGUAACCAAAGUAGAAGCAUCGCUUACGAUUGUGCAUCUAUUUGUGUGAUUCCUUUUGUGUAAGAGAAACAUAUUUUCGGCAUUGCCCCAUCAUAUUCAACUGUCUCGUGGUUUUUUCGUUGCUGUUUGUAGUACGCAUAUUCUAUCUGAUUCUGUUUCUUUGACCCGAUGUGGCUUCUUUCUUCUUCCAAGAAACCUUACACGUCGAGCGUGAGUCCCGACGGCACUACAGGAGGGACCGGGAGUGAGAGAAGUAACAAGGGGCAAACAACUGAGCUGCGCCACCGAGUGACGUCCGGCCAGGGUGGCUCGCUUCGACCGACAGGUGGUACUAGUUUGAUGGAGAAUUGUGCAAUUCCUCCUAGCAGCGCACCAAUAAAAGCUGCAACCAACCAAGCCAAAAUGUCAAAUAUCUUCUCGCAACCCAUCAAAUCGGGGGCGGAGACGGCGAUACAGUUGCUGCAGAAGUUGCACAACCGACGGCCGGGGGACCGAAAUCAUGGCGAGCUCGUUUGGGAGGAGUGGACCGGCUGCGGAGUGUGUUGCUCUCCGAAAAUGGUGUUCGCGCGAUGGAAGAAGUUGGCCUUCCUCAGGUUCAAGCUGUACUCCUUUUCCUUCAACCUCGUGGGCAUACUCGCGGCCGCCUACAUGCAGAUCGGCAACAUUGCCGCGCAGUCCUACAUCGAGUACGCGCGGGAGACGCCGUACCGUUGGAGCCACUUACCGGACGUGUUUUUGGAUUUCAUCGACAAACCGUCCGUGGACAACUGGAAAACGUAUUGCGGCGACGCCAUGCCGUACUUGACUGUGUUGUUCGGACUUGCUUACUUGUUCCUUGCCGACCUGGCCUGCGAUCUCGUCGUGGCGGCGAACGUUUUUGCGGCUUCCUGGGUUUUUAACGGCAUCGCGGAAAACGUCACAAUAUUACCGUCCUCCUUCGGGUAUGAGAGGUGUCUGGACAGAAACGGAAUCAAUCACGGCGACGACCACAAAUACCAGUGGAGCAACACGACCGGUAUUAUGACGGUUUUUAUAUUUGUUCUUGAUACUGUCUGCGCUAAACGAUAACGAGGACAAGUCCCAAUAACCCCUAGCAGCCCUCCCCUAUGCUAGCAAGAUAAUGAUGAUGAUCUGGUUGUUCAACGUGUCUGCACCAUCGCGAUCAGCCUGAUUCCCUUUUACGCUUUGUUUCCGCAUGAACAUCCGCUCACAGAGUAGACUUUACAGUUGUACUUUUAGACAAAUCGCCCAAACUACUUUUCGUUUCGCAGGAUCUUGUGCCGCGAUGAUGUGGAGCGGGCACACGUUCGUGACUUACCUGGCUUGUUGGGGCCUCUUGCAGGGAUUCCGGACGCACUUUCCGGCCUACUGGACGGGGCGACCGUUUGACAGUAGCAGUUCUGCUUCAACAACAACAACCGACGACGGCUCCGCGGGUCAAGCAAACCAGGACCCAAAAUCGCCCGCGUCGACGGUGCAGCCAAAACUUUACGCUAGCGGGUCGAAGAAAGAAUUGCUCCGGAACAUCUUCGUGCCGACCCGGUCGCAGAUAUUUCUGUACACAAUGGUGGUGCUAUUCUGAGUAAAAACGUCCCCACCCCAGAGCUGUCAUGCAAUGUUGCAUGCCAAAAAAGUUUCUCAUGCGGGGCCCUAUGAGAAACAUUUUCCAUUUGUGUUUUGGAAUUUGUGAUGCUAGAAUUAUCAGCAUGAUGUGCUAGAUCUGUGAUGCUUCUGAGCUAGCGAAACAGGAUUACACGAUUACACUACGGGGACAAGCUUGUCAUGCCAAACAACAAAAGCUGUGUGAUUUGUCUAGCAGAUUUCCCAUCUUGACUCUCGUGUGGGGGCGUUUUUAAUCAGGAUAGGUUCUGGAAAUGUUUCUGCUGAUCAUCGACCACAGUCACUACACGGUCGACGUGUACAUCGCCCUGAUCCUGGCGCAGCUCACUUUGUCCAGCGACUAUCCUAUGUAAAAACGCCCCCACCUCAUAGUCAAGAUGGGGAAUCGGCUAGACAAAUCCACAAGUUUUGGCUGUUUUGCAUGACAGACUUGGACUUGUAGUGUAGUGCUGGUUGAGGUAGUUCAGCAGCAUGAGAAUCACAGAUUCAGUGUAGCAUGCUGAUUGGAGCAUGAAAAAUUUCAAAACUCGAAGAGAAAAUGAUUCUCACGGGGCUCCGCAUGAGAAACAUUCUCAGCGUGCAGAUUUGCAUUACAACUAUGGGGUGGGGAUGUUUUUAAAUACGAUAGCGACCGGCUGAAGUUCUACUUGUACUACUUGAACCCGUACACCGCCGGUGGCGUCGUCGCCUACGAAAACAACGUCUUCUACCAGAAACUGCUUGCGCGCAAAAUCCUGUUCCUGUCGCAGCACGCCGGCGGACUGGAAUCCUGUCACGUUUCGGUGAAGAGGGAAGAGACGGCAAAGGCAAAAGAGGGCAGCGGACAAGAAGUUGGAGCAACUGCCGCAAGAACUGAACCGGAAACUGUGGAAGUCGGAGAGGUGGAGAUGACGGAGUUGAAGAUUGUCUUCGAUCCCUGGUCACCUGCUGAUCGCGAGAUGGCGGACUUUUGGAAUAUGUGA